UCAUGAGAAUCUAUCCAGACAUGAAGAUGUUGGCAGUUAUGGUCAUUUUAUUCCUGGCGGCCGGCUUGAGUGACAGUGUGAUUCUGACUAAAUGUGGGCUGAAGCAGCAGCUUCAAACAAGCCUUACACUGCCUCCGAAUACGACCGACCUCCUGGCGCAGAUCGUGUGUCAUGUCCAGCUGACCUCUAACUUCAAUACCAGCGCCAUUAAGAUGAUCAUUGAGCCAGAAAAGCCACAUGAAAGUCAAGGUUCUCGCAAGGGCAGGUCUGCCAAGAAAGGCCGCCCCUCCGCUAAAGUCACCCCUAAACCCCACUUGGAAAGUGGCGAGGACAAAAAUGAGUUCUGGACCCUGUACGGCUUGUUCCAGCUCAGUGACCAUGUGGUGUGCAACUCCACUCGACGUCAUUCACUGAACCUCUGCGGACUGACCUGCGACAAGCUGUUUGACGAUGACAUCAGUGAUGAUGUGGCCUGUGUCCAGGUCCUUAUAAAUAAAAUGACUGCAGUGAUUCCUGACCCCGAAACUGCUAAACACAUCCAUAAAAUGUAA